UGGUUCGAGAGGGACGUGACGUCAUCAUCUUGCGACCAAACCACAGUAGUGGCUCCACCAGAGUUGGGAACCUGUUUUUUUAAACUACAACAAGCUUGAAUUUAGUCAUCAUGGCAACAGAGGGUGCGGAAACGACUAGUGAAGAUGUUCCAGUACCUGGGAAGGUCAGCACCAGGUAUGACCUGGAGAAGGAGACUGAACUAAGGUUUGAGGUGGAGUCAGGGGAGGCAGCAGAGCAACUCGAGCUGGAGCUCCUUACAGGAAUGGCUGAGGUGUUCGGCUCAGAGCUGAACCGCAACAAGAAGUACACCUUUGGACCGGGCUCCAAGAUCGCAGUUUUCACCUGGCAAGGCUGCAGUGUGAAUCUUUUUGGGAAGCCAGAGGUGGCUUAUGUGUCCAAGGAUACUCCCAUGCUGCUCUACCUAAACACACAUGCGGCCCUAGAACAGAUGAGAAAACAAGCAGAGAGGGACAAUGAGAGGGGGCCAAGGGUGAUGGUGGUGGGACCUACAGAUGUGGGAAAGUCAACAGUGUGCCGCCUGCUAUUAAGCUAUGCUGUAAGGGUCGGCCGGAGGCCAACAUUGGUGGAACUGGAUGUUGGACAGAGUGGGGUGUCUGUACCGGGUACAGUGUCGGCACUAUGCAUUGAGCGCCCGGCAGACGUGGAGGAGGGUUUCUCAGUACAGGCUCCUUUGGUCUACCACUUUGGCUCUACUACCCCUGGGACCAAUAUCAAACUUUACAAUAAGCUGACGUCAUGCUUAGCCGAGGUGUUUUCCCAGCGAUGUGAGGUGAACAGGAAGGCUAGCGUGGGAGGCUGUAUCAUCAACACCUGCGGCUGGGUGAAGGGCUCUGGAUACCAGGCUCUAGUCCACUGUGCCUCUGCCUUCGAGGUGGAUGUGGUGCUGGUGCUGGACCAUGAGAGGCUCUACAAUGAACUCAAACGAGACCUCCCUCACUUUGUACGAGUUGUGCUCCUACCCAAGUCCGGAGGGGUGGUGGAGCGCUCCAAAGAGUGCAGACGGGAUACCCGGGAUGAGAAGAUCCGCGAGUAUUUCUACGGCUUCCGUGGAGUGACCUUCUACCCCUUCUCUUAUGAAGUGCGUUUCUCAGACGUCCGCAUCUACAAGAUCGGUGCACCAUCCAUCCCGGACUCCUGCUUGCCGCUGGGAAUGUCUCAGGAUGACACACAGCUAAAGCUGGUGCCUGUUACACCAGGGAGAGACCUCACGUAUCAUGUGCUAAGCGUGAGCAGUGCAGAAGACGGAGAGGAAGGUGCCAGAAAGGGUAUAGUAGAGAGCCCUGUGUGUGGCUUUAUAGUGGUGACUAAUGUGGACACGCAAACACAGGUGAUGAAAGUGCUGUCCCCAGCGCCCAGACCACUGCCCAGACACACUCUACUUAUCAUGGACAUCCGCUUCAUGGACAUGAAAUGAAGUGUUACACUUGAGGGAAGAGCUCUUUGUUGUAAAAGAAGUGGGUGUCUCUUUGGGGUAGGAGUUCUGUUAAGAAAUGUUUUGUUUCCUAGUUGUCUCUUUGUGCUCUGUAGGGACUAAAGAGGGCGAAAGAAAAAGUUUCAGUACAGCUGCUGUAAAUUGUACCCCAUUUUAUAGACCACACUGUACAGAUGUUUGCCAGGGAUGUUUUUAUCAGUGCAGGAAUUAUUUUCUUGAUAAUCUGUUUCAU